GCUGUUCACCGACGAAACACAAUUCUUCCCUUUUCACCCUGAAUCAUCGCCACCUACAUUCUCUCCGUUUCUAGGGUUUCAAAAUCUCCAUUAACAAUCAUAAUCAUAAUCACAUCUAUCUCUUUCUCUCUCUCUUUCCCCUCUCUUCCGCAAUGCAUUCAUGGAAAGACAGAGUUACAGACAAGCUGACAAAUCUUUUCUCUGAUUCUCCAUCUUCACCUUCAUCACCUUCCAUUGAUUCUCCUCAACCUCAUACGGCCAGAUCACACUCAAAAGAUGGAAAUUACUUCUCAUCUGUUCUUACAUUCAUGCGUCCCUCAAGUGAUUCUCCUUCAAACAACCAUGGAAAUAACCUUAGGCCAAUUCAAUCACUUCCAACAAGAUGGAAAAGCAAAGAUAUUUCAUGGCAACACAUACCCUUAGAUCCCUACGAUGAGGAUGAUGAAGAAGAUGAAGAUGAAUUCAAUCCUCACGAACAAAGUGGUCAACAAAGUCAAAGCAAAAAAACCGAAAGCAGGGAAGUAAUAAUAUCAAAUGGUAGAGUUGAAGAAAAUGGAGACCAAGGAUCUUCAAGGAGCAGCAGUAGCAGCUCUGAAUUUGAAGAUGCAACUGAACCAAAUACUCCAAUGAAAGCUAUCAUUGACUUUUCCCUUGAUUCAUUUUUUAUUAAUCAAGAUUUAUACCAAUUCUUUCAGUCUUCCCUUCCUAAUUUAGUCAAAGGCUGCAGAUGGGUCAUGCUGUAUAGUACUGUGAGACAUGGCAUAUCACUUCGCACACUUAUUCGGAAAAGCUCUGAUCUUUCUGGCCCUUGUUUGCUGAUAACUGGAGAUCCUAAAGGUGCCAUAUUUGGUGGGCUGCUAAAUUGUCCUUUGACACCUACUUCCAAGACGAAAUAUCAAGGGACAUAUGAAACUUUUGUUUUCACAACAUUAUAUGGUGCACCAAGGCUGUUUAGACCAACUGGGGCAAACCGGUACUUUUACAUGUGUCUAAACGACAUGCUAGCAAUUGGAGGAGGUGGAAAUUUUGCAUUAUGCUUGGAUGAAGAUUUGUUACAUGGAACAAGUGGAAGUAGUGAUACAUUUGGAAAUCAAUGUUUGGCUCAUGAUGAAGCAUUUGCUUUAAAAAAUGUUGAGUUGUGGGGAUUUGCGCAUUCUUCUCGGUAUCCUUGAAUUAAAAUGAUUUGACUCGUUAAAAAGUCAUGAAUUUGUGUCCUGAAAAUUAAAUUAUAGACGGGAUGUAAUUAUCUACAUUUUUUUUUAUUAGUAUUAUAGUUGUUUUGUAAUGUGUUUUGAGUUUCAUUUAUUUUAAUUAUUUAUUUAUACACCGAGGAAUCAGAGGAAAAGAAUGUUUAUGUAAGGUUUUAUAUAUAUAAUGAAAUCAGUGGAGAAUAUGAUUUUUUUUA